CGGCAGGCAGACGGAUUCGAGCCAGGGAGAAAAGCUGCUCUCCUCCUUGCUGUCACAGGACCCCGCCGCAGCGCCAUGGUCUCCUGGAUCAUCUCCAGGCUAGUGGUGCUUAUAUUUGGCACUCUUUAUCCUGCAUACUACUCUUACAAAGCUGUAAAAUCAAAGGAUAUUAAAGAAUAUGUAAAGUGGAUGAUGUAUUGGAUCAUAUUUGCACUCUUCACAACAGCGGAGACGUUCACAGACAUUUUUCUUUGCUGGUUUCCAUUUUAUUAUGAACUCAAAAUAGCUUUUGUAGCUUGGUUGUUGUCUCCAUACACAAAGGGCUCCAGCCUCCUAUACAGGAAAUUUGUGCAUCCAACACUGUCUUCAAAAGAGAAGGAAAUAGAUGACUGCCUUGUCCAAGCAAAAGAUAAAAGCUAUGAUGCCUUGGUACAUUUUGGGAAGCGGGGACUAAACGUUGCAGCCACAGCUGCUGUGAUGGCAGCUUCCAAGGGGCAAGGAGCUUUAUCAGAGAGACUCCGGAGCUUUAGCAUGCAAGACCUCACCACUAUUAGAGGAGAGAGCAGUAGCACUGUGACCCCACCUCCUCUCACUCCAUCAAUUUCCAUGCGGACAAGUAGCAAGCAGAGCCAACCCAAAACAUCCAAAAGUGAUUCAGAAAGCAUUGGAUGCUCAGUGGUUGAACUAGAGGGUGAGGCAGAAAGUGAAAAGCCACCUGAGGCAAGCUGUGAACCAACUGAAGUUGUGUUCUUGGAUGACGAAGAGAACAAUUCAUUGGAUUGCACAUCCAAGAUUAAAAGGCCUAAAAAGAAGGAUCCAGUAAUUGAGGCACCGCCUAGGAGCCUUCGACCUCGUUUCAGGAAAAAAAGUACCUCAUCUUCUACCACUGAAACCAUGGAAGUGUGAUGAGCCAUUCGCACUGAUUUCCACAGAAUGUCUCUCUUCUGCCUUAAAAUAUUUACUUCAUUAAUAUUGUAGGAAAAAACAGUGCUGGAAGGGAUGUGCUUGUGAUAUUGCAGAGUUGUGAACAUUUGCUUCCAUGCUUCCCUUUCUAUGAGCUAUUUGUUCUUUGCCAUUUGCGUGGCAUUACAGUCAAGUAGGGUAAAGCAAUCCCUCUUGCUAUCCCCUGGAUUUUUUUGUGGAAUGAUUCUUGAGGCUGUCCAUUUGAAAUUGCUAGUUACAUCACCUUAGUUCUGUGAAUGCAAGCAGGAAAAUAAUCAUUUACCUAUUUAAAUAUUCAGAACAAUCUUAUUUAUUUGGAACUUCAUUAUGUAUAAAGUUGACUGGCAGGGGCCAGAUUUUUCUAUUCAAGCUGUCACCAACUUAUCUUUAUAACAAGCCAGUGAAUUAUGUAGGAAAGCAUUAUUUUUAUUGUACAGGCAUUGAAGACCUAAUCAGUCUGAGCUACAUCACCAUUUCUUCUCUACAUUUCAUUUAUUAGAAGCCAGUUAUUUUGUGUACUUCUGUCACAUAUUUUUGCUGAAAAAGUCAAUGUACUUUACAGAUGAAAAAUUAAACAUUAAGAAAGAAAUAAAGAUAUGGCAGCAAAGAAGUUUGCUUUGAUGACAUAAUGAUUAAGACUAAUGUCCUAAGCAUGCUUACCUGGGUAACAGUCAUUAUGAAAUCAGAUGAAUUCUGCAUCCAAGUAAACAGGAUUAGAAUUGCAUUGUUAAGUGCAUUGUGCAUAGAAUGAAAGAAGCUAGAGUUAUGUUACAAAUCUUGGCCAUUUUAAUGGACAGUAGCACAACAUGUCCAAGGCAUGCUUGUAGUAAUAAUGAAUGCUAGAAUGUAAACAAGAACCACAUUAGUGUUACAUUGAUUGGUUUGGGUGCAAGUCAACCUUGUUAGCAAAAAGGAUUUUAAUCUUAACCCUCCCCCAGCAUGUAUAUAGGCAUUUUAUGUACAAAAAGAAAAUAGAAGACUUAACUCCUCCGUGUAAUUCAGAGAUUUUAGCUAUAGUAUAGCUCCUAGUAUAGUUCACAAUAGUCUGUAGGUUGGAUGGUGCAUUUAAUUAUAGAGAAGUACAAAAUGAAGAAGACAUAAUUAGAAUUUGUGUAUUUAGGCUUCAGUGUCUCCUGUAUAAAGCAUGUGAAAUUCUGUAGACAUUUGUGUUUGCUUCUGGAUCUGUCUUACUGCACACAAAAAUUAAUGACAUAAAAAUCUUGCCAUUGAGACCAAAUGAGGGGAUUACAAAAUGAUGCAACAAACCUCAUUUAUAUGUAGCACUUUUGUAAGUGGCUAUGACCUGGCACAUACCUAAUGGUGGUAAAUAAUAAGUUAACCCAUGACAUGGAAAGUUGCAUGCUAUAGUCUCAUUAAAAAUGCUAUCUCUCAUCAGUGGUUGCUCCAUGAAAUCCAAACCCGGACACUAUAGGUAAUCAUGGGUCAAACAACUCAAAGUUAACCUACAAUUAGUAGUUUGAGUACCUUUGGGUAAUUUAACUCACAAUUAUUCCAUGGUGACCAGGGCUGGAUGUUGAGAAACAAUCACUGAUUGGAGGUUACAUACUUAAAAUAGCAGCAACACAUAUCAUGACAAAUCAUAACUACACCAAUUUGCAACAGUUAUGUGUGAAUGAGACCUUAUAUUAGGCUUCAACAGCAAGAUAUUGCAAUGGCUUAAUAUUUCUGUCUUGGAUUUCCAGUUCCAUAUCCUAGCUUUUCCCCUAGUGCUAUUUUGCAACUUCCCACAAGUUGGAGGAAAGCCUAAAAUUCCACCAUUGUACAAGCAUAUAGCAGUAUGGUUACUGCUAUGUAAGAAAAUAAAACCUCCCAGGGUUACACUUGGAUUUGUUGCCGUUUCAAUCAAUAAAUCAUGAAUUUAGAUGGUAGCUGCAAAAUAUUUAGUCUAGCACAUGCACCUCAAAAUCUUUGGGGAGUUCAGCUUGCAGAUACGUGGUCCACAUGUUUUCCCUAUCACUCAAUUCUAAAUAGUCUGCAACACAGGCAGAAAUUAUGUUAUCUUGCAAGCAACAUAGUUUUGCCACUAUGCUAUUAUAUGUGAUGGAAAAAAUAGAAUUGAGAAGUUUGUGUUCAAUUAUGCUAAAAAGAUACUUGGUAUUUUUUUUCCUCUUAUGCUGUACUAACACUCAUUCAAGCUAAAGCUAAUCAAUGUCUAUUUGAUAUGUAAAACUGAAAAUAUGACUGUUCUGGACUUUCUAUUGUUACAUGCUAAAGUGAAACAGUUAAAUUGCCUUAUCUCUCAAAUUAGUUCACUGUAAAGAAAAAAAAGUAUUUCUGGUAAAUGUGCUAAUUUAUUAGCCAAACUGUGUAUCUGUGUAUAAGUUAAUGAAAACAUGAAUGACAAAAUAAUAUAUACUUAAUUAAAAUGCAAUUUUUAAUCUGCAAUAUGAUGGAAGCAGAUUGUUUAGAAGAAGCUGUUCCUGGGUACCACUGUUUAUCAGACAUGCAGCAAAACAUAUCAGCUGCUGCCAUUUGAAUACUAAGGUCAUAUGUUUUCUGGAAAUCAGCUAUAGGACUAUUCGUUUUAUUUUCAGUUACAAUCUUCUAUUAUCUAAUUAUUUAUUUUUACAAAGAAACUCUAAGCAUUUCAUGAAAACAUUGGAAUUCAUCUGAUUUACUGUCUUGCUUUCAUUUUUAGUCUUACCUCCUUGGACCAAUUGUGCAGCUCAGAUGUGCAUCCAAGGACAGUCAACCCCAAUUUUGGCUACUCAGAUUGUGCUGACUGUAUGUUUUUGUAUUCCAGAUGUAGAGACAGCAGUGGCCAACACAAAAGGGCCAUGCAGACCACAUCACUUGGACUGCUGCAAUUCUAGCACUAUAAACUGAAAAGGUUAUUGUGGAGGUUCCUAAACAAAAAAUAAUUGUAUUGUACCUGAAGUGCAGUGCAAAAGUAUCCAACCUAGAGUCCACUUCAGCAAGAAACAAGCUAUUUAGCAUAUUAAUGGUGUAAUUUCUCAGUCCUGUCUGUUCAGCUGGGGAAUUUUUGCUCCGAGGUUGAGCACAUGUAUUGUGUGCAGAAAGUCCCCAGUUUCUGAUAUUACCAUUUAAAAGAAUCAAGUUUGUGGUCAUGUGAAAAACCAGAGCCAGUGACUCUGAAGAAUGGAUAUCAGAGUAAGCAACAAUGGAUCAGAUGAACACCUCUCACUGGGCAGCUUCCCAUAAACCUCAGCAGGAAUACUCCCAAUUUCAGUGCAAAUCCAAAAUAUCAUCAUAUAGUUAAGAGGAAACUUACAAAGCUAAAUUACCACUUUUUAAACAUUAAGACAUUGAGAAAAUGCCAAAUACAGUAAUGGAAUCACCCAGGCCAGUUGCUGCUUUCAGGCUGCAUUCUGCCAGAUAAAUGUGUUCAGUAGUUGAUACAUGUACUUGUGCCUAAAUGCUUGUUAGUCUUUUUUGUGGAUACUUGUUCUGCACUUAAUACACUAGUUGAAAUAAGAACACUGUAUUUUAGAAAGUUACACAAUAGUCAAUGUCUAAGGCUGGUUAUUGUGCACUUAAUAUGGUUUCUUUCCAGUGACCUAUAGCAAAGACAUAAUAGACUAUUUAAGAAUGCAUUGUAAGAUUAGACACUACAACAGUAUUCCAAAGGUCAAAGUUUUGUUACAUUGCUUGAUACACAUCUUGAAAAUAAAGUCUUAAACUUUUCUUAAAA